UAUUCCGCCGGUAGAGUGAGCGUGAGCUGCCAAGAAGAAGAAGAGAAAGCAGAAGUGGCGAUAACGUCGAAACUGUCACAGAUAAACCUUUAUAUGACACCGAGUAUCAGCGGAGAGAGACAGUAAAACCACCGUGUCCAAGAUCUGUUAAAGCCAAUCCGCUCCAGCAGGUGACCGACAAUGGCUGUGAACGUGUUUUCGACCUCAGUGACCAGCGACAACUUAAGUCGUCAUGACAUGUUGGUUUGGAUCAAUGACUCUCUACAGAUGAACCUCACCAAGAUAGAAAUGUUGUGUUCAGGUGCGGUCUACUGCCAGUUCAUGGACAUGCUGUUUCCCAACUCUAUGCCUCUGAAAAGAGUUAAAUUUGGUGCCAAGCUGGAGCACGAAUACAUCCACAACUUUAAGCUUCUGCAGGUUGCCUUCAAAAAGAUGGGAGUCGAAAAAAUCAUUCCAGUCGACAAAUUGGUGAAGGGGAAGUUCCAGGACAACUUUGAGUUUGUCCAGUGGUUUAAGAAGUUCUUUGAUGCCAACUACGAUGGGAAGGAGUACGACCCGGUGGAGGCGAGGCAGGGCCAGGACGCCAUGCCCACAUGCAACACUGCCCUGUCAGCUCCCGCCAAAACCCCUAAAAAACCCCUCGGUCAAGCUCCUCAGAGGCCUCCUGUUGCCAAGGUUGCACCCAAGGUGGCUCAUGUUAGCACGAGGAAGCCGGGGAUGGGAGGAGGCGACGAGGAGAGGGCGGAGCUCAUGAAUGAGAUGGAGAUUCUGAAAAAUACCAUUCAGGACAUGGAGAAGGAGAGAGACUUUUAUUUUGGAAAGCUGCGGAACAUUGAGCUGAUUUGCCAGGAGAAGGAAGGCGAGGGCGACCCCACACUGCAGAGGAUCAUCGACAUCCUCUACGCCACAGAUGAGGGUUUCGUGAUACCGGAUGCUGAGGAGCAGGAGGAGUUUUAAUAUUCAAGACUGCAGGCAACAUUUCACUUAGAUGCUCUGGUCUACACCUCGAGAUCCUUCCUCAAGCCAAGACAGCCAGUUUGGUUUUAUAUCCAACACCAAACCUGAUCUCGACCCUCACCGUGAACCCCCGACCUGCCCCGAAACCCCAACCCCAACCUGCCGGACUUCUUCCCUCUAGCCUUCAGCUGCCGAAACAGCUCAGCUCCUUCUUUCCCAAAACAUCUUUAGCCAAUAAUCAAACAAAGCCUCGGUCACUGCCUCUUCUUCCUCCACACCUGUCGGCCCCUCCCCCACCCAUCCUCACCUGUAAUCCCAUCCUUCCCAAAACCAGAUCAUGCAGUACAUAUCUGGUUUUUGUAAUGGACUUGAGUGUAAAAAACACGGUGAUGUUCUCUGUGUGUGUGCAUGUGUGAGCGUGUGUGUGUGUGAGCGUGUGUGUGUGGUCAUAUGUGUUUAAAAAUCAAUUUGAAUCAAACGUGAAGAACCUCCUCUGAAGACCCGGCUGUCGGUUCAACAAUCACUUUGUCCCAAACUAACCCAGAUGGUUUGACGGCACUGCCGCCGUUUUGUGCCUCUGCUGUUGCAUUUGGAGGAAGACAACACGCACAGACGAAAAGAAAGAAAUACACAUUCCCAACUUUAAACUUUUAACCAAAUCUGAGGUGCAUUUUGUAUUUUUUCCCUUGCUGGUCCCAGUUUUAGUGUUUGCAUUAGUAAAUAGUCAACAUGAAAGAGGCGGCAGGCUUUCCAGAAACAUUAUUUUGCCAGUUUGAUGUAGCCGAUGUGUUUCUAAGACAAAUGAAGUGAGUAAAGAGCGACCUGUGGGCUGCACACGUCCACACUGAAGGGCUCAGGGUUUAGUUUGGGACGAGGCAGCAGUCGGGUCUUCUCUUGGCCUUUUUUUUCCACCAAGGACACCAUCGUGAUUUUGUCCUGUUUCAGAAGAGCUUUUUGUAAAUGUAUGCUACUGUUUUAUCACAUUUCUCCCCCCUCACUCCAUUUGUUUCAUUAUUUCUUUUCUUUAUUGUAUGUUUUUGGGGCACCUGUCUGUCAUGCUCUCAACUUUAUACAUUUGUUUUCAAUUUAUUUUUUCCUCACUACACGAUCACUCUGUUGGAUAGAUUUUACAACGUUAGAGAAAAAAAAGGGUUUUCUGAUGUAGAGCGGUUGUUCUCGUAGCAGAUCUUUUUGCUUAAACACCCACGAGCCCCCGCUCCGCCUCGGUGUUCAGGCUUCUUAAAUGUGCAAUUCUUAACUCCAGAAUAGUGGCUUUCUCCUCGAGUCGACGUCAGUAGCCUUUUGAUCAACUUGCUGAUAUUUAGUAAAAAUGCGACAAAAAAAGUUGUAUGAUCAGCUGUGAUUUUGUGUGAUUUAUCUUUUCGGAGAGUCCGUUUGAAGGCACAUGCACUGUUUUAUACCAGUGGCCCUUACUCAGACCCCAGAGCGGACAAACACUGUGAGCUCCGACUGUGGCCGAUCAGUGCGAUCGCUCCGUGUAGCCGACCGCGGUCGAGAAGAUCAUCCGAUGAGCCGUGAAAGUGGCUCGCGUGCGUCUUUCAGGCUCCGUCUUCAUUGAUGAAUCCUCUGAUUACUGACAUUGGAUUUUGUUUAUCUCAAAGCUGUUUUAAAGUGUGCGAUCAUUAAGUGUCCUCACUGAAGACAGAUUCCUCUCUGGGAAUGCACGACAGGUGUCUUUUUCUUCUUCUUUUUUUUUCUCCCUUUUUCCACUUUCUAAUUGACCAAUUUUAAUACUAAUAUUGUGUAUUGUGGAUCAGAUUUGAGACCAGUUUUUCCACUGUACUCUGUAAAGAUGUCAUUUUUGACAUAUUUGUACCCAAUUUGAAGCAACGCGUCAAUGUUGAUUCCACACAAACCGAUAACUGUUAACAGCAAGUUGUUAUUGGAAAAUAUAACUUUAUCAAUGGCCUUAUUCAUAGCAGUUUUCUCUUCAUGAGAAAACAUUUUUCAUAACUUCUUUUUUGUUUGUUUUACGUUAAUGUAAGUCUCUGCUGUUUUGGGCAAAUGUUUGUACUGUUAGUCAUAUUUUUAAUGUGUUCUGAAAAUAAAAAAAAACAUUGGAGGUAUUUUGGACAAAAGCUCAGAUGUGUCAGGGUGCAGCGGACGACCCGUCUUCCAUCUAAUGCUCAGAAAAACAAAAAUAUCUUUAUGAUGUUUCAAAACAGUUUGAUUUGAGGAUUUCUGGUGAAUUGGUUGUGCUUUUUUUGCCAUGAAGUAGCUGAAAAAUGCAGGUUUGUCUCCACAGUGAGACUUUAAAAAUGUCCUCUGCAGAAUUGAAUUAAAGAUCAGUUUGGGAGCUCAGAGAUGUGCAGAUAUUUAGUGUUAAAACUGUUGGAUAGUUGACAGAACCACAACUAUCCAGCUGAAUGUUGCACACAGUCGAAGCGUGCCUGGGUAUUAAGUCUUCUGUAUUUUCUGGUAGUUGCCUUCAGUAAGUCCACAUCUUAAAAUAAUCUCUUCUUCUCACCUUUUAGAAAUAACUUCUAAAUGAUGCUUGUGUCAGAAUAUGUGCUUUUUUUAACACUCCAGAGGUUGAUUUGAACUUUUUCUUUCUCAGCACAGUCAGUGUUUGUAGUGUGGUGACGUGUAAAUGCAGUAACUUGUUUUUUGUUGUGUCCUCCAGCACACUCGAUUUCUUGACUGACUUUUAGCUUAAAUGUUGGAGUUUUUACGUCCAUUUUUUUGGUGAUUGCUUCAGGUCUAGUAACCUGUUUUCCUCACAGCCACACCAUUUUUGAAAAAACAGCAGGAAAGUUAUCAUGAAGAGGAGUCUUUAUCUAAGUUAGUCACCUUUUCAGUCAAAUUAUGAAGCCCAAAAACCCUCAAAAUGAUACUGAAGUGAGUUUUGCUCUAGUCCAGAGUAUUAUCAGUGUCUGCCGAUGUGGUUUACGAGGUUCCGAGACUGCUAAAGAUUGGGCACAAUAUGAACAAUAGUAAUCACGGUUAAUUUGUCAAACACAUUUUGGACUGUAAGCAAAAAGUCCUCCUUUUCCUCUGCUGCUCAUCUGAACGUGGCUGAAACACCUCAUGAGUUUAAAGCUGAAAGUCAGAGCUUCAUACUGCAAGUAUUUGUUUAAUUUCAAAUCUAAUGUGCUGAAGAAAAAAUGCAGCAAAAACUGCUUUCCCAAAAUGCUCCUUACUGCCAGGAUCUUUGCACCCCAUUAAAGGUAGUGCAGAAAAAAAUGUACUGCAAAGUAAAACUUACUGUUGUGGAGAUCUGAUGUUGGAGAAAACAAAUGAAACUGAGGUUUUUAAAUGAGCAGAGCUUCCUGCAACGUAUGAAUACUGUCAUUUAUCGAUUGUUGUGUCUUUAAAGGGUCGGAAAACAGUUAAACCAAUUUCUUUGGACCUGAAAGUUUGGUAUCGAAAUGUCUUGUUCUGUUAGACCAACACCCCAAAACCCCCAAAAUGUUUGGGUGUCUAAUUGAUUUUGUAAUGAUUUGAAACAUAAAGAAAAACUCACAUUUGAGAUGCUGAAACAAGCACAUUUUUUACAUUUUUGCUCAGACGAUGACUCAAAAAGACACAUCGAUUAUCAUUAAAUAGUUUUCGAUUACUUCCGAAAUAUGUAUGCUGAAAGCGACCAAAGCGAACUAAAUAGCUGAAAAUCAAAUUAAUAUCGGUUACACCGCCCUCAUCUGAUGCUCUAAGCAGGUUCAAAUAAAUGCUCUGAAGUAAAUGCAGAAGUUAUUUCACUUAAACAGUCGUCUGGUCUGGAAUUUAUGUUUCAAAAUUCAGAUGUGAGCACUUAGAAACUCCAUCUUAAACAUUUUUUUCCAAGAUAUUUUGUGGAAACCCAUUCAUGUUUGUUUGGUGGGUUAAUGCCAAGACAAAUCGUAGCACACUGAGGACGAGCGCACGCUGCAGGACGUUAAUAUUCCCCCUGUCUGUCUGUCUGUGUGCUGUGAGUCUUCUCAGUGCAGGAAAACACUUGAAACAGACAGAAACGCAGCUUUUCCCUGUUCGGAGCAGUUCUGAUGAGUGUGUGUUGUUGAGCCUUAGUGAAGAAGUGCUUUUUGUUAUGCAAUGUUAAAGGGGGAGCAGACGCCUCCCCCCUUUACAUAGUGGCCUCUGUACUGAACCCAGUGCCAAUGUAACCUCCUCGACCCCCCUAACAGUCUGUAUUUAACGAGUCACACUUCAAUAACUUGUCAGGUUCGACUUGUGUCUGCAGAGGUUCUGACAAUCGCCUGUUUUUUUCCUGACAAGUCAUUGAAGGUUUUUUCAAGUUGUGUCGACUCCUGUCUGGUUUACUGAUGGUAGUAAAUGUGUUGUAAGUGUCACCGAGGAGGACUGUGUGUGCUGUUUGAUAUUAGAAGUUUCGUGGAUGUUUUCAGUCACACACACCUGGAUGAGAUAAAACACAGAAAGUUUUGGCCACUUUGAGGAUGCAGCUCUUAUUACUGACCGGUUUAAAAUGAUCGUGCGUGCAGCGUGUCGCAGGUGUGUCUGCUGAAAACGUCCGAGCAGAGUGAAACGAUGGCUUUAAAGGAAACGCUGGUGCUUGUGUGACCUCGGUGCCGAUAAGCGUCGUGCACACUGUGAGUCCCUCUCCUCUCUGUCUCCUCUCUCUCUGCUGGACUUUGAUGUGUUUGUUAUACUCUGGAAAACUCGAUUUUCUUCAAUCAAGUUUGGUACAGACAAUAAAAACUGUAUUUCCACGUCA